AUGGAAGAGUAAAAAGCAUUGCUAAAUAAAUAAAUAGAUUCACUAAAUGCAGAGAAGGUUGACCUCUAAAAAAAGCUUACUGAAGACAAUUAAAAAUUUACAACAGAAAAAACAAAUUUAAACAAUUAAAUUAACUCUCUAAAUAAUCAAUUAACACAAGAAAAAAACAAGGUAAAAGAUCUUACUACUUAAUUGGAAUCAGAAAAAAAAAAUUUAACUACUGAGAAAGGUAAAGUAGAGAGUCUGACAAAGAAAUCUUAAGAAGAAAAGAAAACUCUAACUAACUAAAUUACUAACCUUAAUACUGAACUUGAACAAUAAAAAGAGAAAGUAAAUCAUCUUGAAAAGCAAACAGAAGACUAAAAGAAAACUCUUAAUAACUAAAUUGACAAUCUUAAUAACUAACUCUUAUCAGAAAAAGAGAGAAUUGCUAAUUUUACAAAAGAGUUCUUGGAUGAAAAGAAAAUUCUGAUUAUCGUUUAAAAAGAAUUAGAAGUUGCAAAAUCUGAAAAAAAUACUCUGAUUGAGAAAAAUAAGCAAAUUUAGAAAAACUAAUAAGACUAAUAUGAUAAUUUAAAUGCAGAAUUAGAAAAAGUAAAUUAAGAAUUUAACGAUCUGCAGACAUAAUUAGAAGAUACCAAAAAAACUUUAUCAGAAAUUGAGAAAGAAAACUCAAAACUAAAAAGUCAAAAUGAUAAUAGUAUUGAGUAAGUAGAAUUAAAAUCAUCAGAAUAUAAAUAACUUGAAUAAAAAUGUCAUGAUACAUAAAGUUAAAAUGAUAAACUUUAAUAGGCAUUAGAUAGAAUUUCUAGAGAAUGCCAAGAAUUAAACUAACAAGUAAUCUAAUAGUAAGAAAGAAUUAAAUUAAUCACAGAAGAAAAGGAAAGAUUCUAGAAUCAACUUUAAGUGGUAUCUCGAGGACCAUAAAGCAUCAAAGAAUUUUAGACUGUUUCUUACAACCAAUAAAUAAACUUAUCUGAUCUCUUUAUGGAUAAACCAAAAAUCAAAGACUUUUUCAACUAUUAAUAUGAAGAAGGCAUGUAAAAAAAAACAGUAAGCUUAUUGUCAUACUCAAAAGGUUCAUCCUAAAUCCUAAGCUAGAUUUUAAAAAAGAAUAUCACUAAACAAAAAAACAAUGAAAAUGACCUCUUCAUCUAUAAUCACGAAGUUAACAAAAAACAAAGUUCCCUAUUUCUUAACACUAAAAAAAUGGGAUAACCAAUUACUUGCUAUAAAAGAAGUGAAAACAAUCAAUCAUUACAUUUCGAUGAAAAAGAAAUACAAAAUCGCUUAAUGAUUCAAAAUUUCUUAAUUGACUUGAUUUCAAAUAUUAGCGACAUCUAAAUCUUAAUUGUAAAUGAAGUUACUGAGCAAGAGUAAAAUUUGAUAAUGAAACUAAAAUAGGACUUUUUGUUAAGCAAACAAAUAAAUGAUUAAAAAUAACUAAUUAUCAUCCAUUUACUUACAAAGUAUGAUGAAAAGUAAAUUGAGUAAUAUUCAGAAAAAAUCCAAGGCUUCUUUAAAUUAACUGAAAUAUAUUAGGAAAACAAUUAAUACUUCAAAGAUUAAGAGUGCAAAAAUGUAUCUCAUUUUAUUGUAGGUAAUGAACAUCUAUAAGAAAAAGAAAAAUAUUUCGAUUUUCCUAUCAAUAAAAUAAGGAGGAUAAUUUUUGAAGAAGUGUUUAUUGAUGGAUACUCUCUCUAUGAUAGAAUUUAGGAAUUCUUAAAUUAAUAUUAUACAUUUUAUGUUCGAAUCUCCUAGAAGGAAACUGAUACUUAGCGCUAAAUGAUUGGGUAAGGCUAAGAAGAGUAGUUCUUAAAGUAGAAAGAUCAAGACAAAUCGUAUGAAUUUUCCAGCAAUUAAGAUAUUUAAAGCAAUUAAUAAAUUUAAGGCAAUUAAGAAAUUUAAAAACAUUAAGAAAUUUAAAGCAAUUAAGAAAUUUAAAACAAUUUAGAAAUUAUUCCUGAUAGCGAUUAAAUUAUAAAAUUAUUUAUUCAAAAUGAAAACGAUUUAAUUCUGGAUGAAGAGUUAUAUAAGUUUUAGGAAGUCAAAAACUACAAUUAUAAACUUCAAAAGAAAGCUAUAUCUGAAGUGAAUUACGAUUUAAUCCCCUCCAAAGAUGAAUUGUUGCUUACAGUAAUUAUUGAAAUUCCUGCUAAAGUUGAAUAAGUAAAAAUUGAAUUGACUCUUAAUACUAAUAAGCUGCUAAUUUUUGCAUAAAAGCAAAUACCUAAUAGCAAUAAGUUUUAACAAAUAACAUAUUAACUACAAAAUCAUAUCUUCUAAUUCUACAAGAUAUGUAAAAAAUAACGUUUUGAAAAUAAAGACGGUGUUUAUUUUAUUAAUCUAAAAAGAAUGACCAAGUAUAAUAAAAAAAAACUUGUAAAUCUAUGCAAAGAUUUUGAAACUCAGUAUUAACUAAAAUAGCUUUAUCGCGAUAGUUGA